AUGGCACGGCAGCUGAUGGCUUAUUCCGGCCACCCGGAUUGUGGUUUUUACCUCAAUGAAUGGGAUAAGCUCAGCAAAGUAUUGUUACGGCUGCAACAGGCCGGACAGCGGGUUAUCCUCCUGGGUGUGACGUUUGCCCUGCUGGAUUUUGCCGAGGCUUUUCCGAUGCAGCUGAACAAUACGAUUGUGAUGGAAACGGGCGGCAUGAAAGGUCGUCGUGAAGAAUGGACCCGCAGCCAGGGCUUAAGGAAGAACCCUUAUCCCUCUAUUGAUUAUUAUCUCAAAGCAGAAAAGAUAUUCCUGGAGGCUGCCGAUUCUGGCUCCCUGGCAGGUAUCUACAGCAACAUUGCCAAUGCCUAUUUCAGCCUGAAGGAUUAUAAAACCGCCCAUCAAUUUGCAGCAAAAGCUUACGGAUUAAAAAACGCGGUUAAAGAUGCCAGCAUUAAAGCAAACCUUACGACAAUAUAUGCGCUGUCGCUCAUAAAAAUACAGGAUACAAAAAAGGCAUUAUUGAUAGAACGGGAGGUGGAUAGUAUGGCUACCGCAACGAAUAAUAUUAUGGCAAAAAUUGCGGCUACUAUCGGCUUUGCGGAAAUCUAUAAAACGGCCCGGCAAUUUGACACCGCCAUUGCAUAUUACAAAGAUUGCAUUGCACUUAGCCGCAAAACAGGGGAAUUGAUAAAUAAUGCACUUAAAUAUGCUCAAUGCAAAAGCGUAUUUGUACGGCUUGGCAGUGAGGAUACUACUUUAGACAUUAGUGUGGAAGAUGACGGCAUUGGGCUGCCGGACGAAGUUGAUGAAAUAAUACUUGUUGAUACGGCUAGUAAUCGGGCAGAUCUGUUUGCGAAGCUUGCUGUAAAAUCGUACAACAUUGUGUUUAUGGAUAUUCAUUUUGGCAAGCACGACGGUCGCGAUAUUGCAGUAGAGAUCAAACAAAAAUUUCCGGAAACAAUACUUGCGGCACUCACCAGCUUUGAUGAUAAAGACACCAUACAAUCUACAGCCAAUGCAGGGUUCAAUGCAUUCUUCCUGAAGUCGGAUGACGUAAAGGAAAUAACAGCGUGGUUACAGAAAGGAGAAUUUGACACCCUGUAUCUGAGCGCGCAAACCCAAAACACCUAUACCCGGCACGCAUUGGCAAAAGACAAUAAAGCAAGAAAUCUUAUUCAUCUUACCGAUCGGGAAAAGCAAAUUUUACGCCUCAUUUUAGAUGAAAAAACAACAAAGCAAAUUGCUGCAAUAAUGUUUCUUUCAGAGAAGACCAUUGAAAACUACCGAACUAAUCUGAUGCAUAAAUUGGAUGUUACCAAUAUCGCCGGCCUU